UCCCUUUACCAAGAUGGCGGACGACAGUGAGACAGCGGUGAAGGGGACAGCAGGCGAGGAGAAUAAUCAUCAACAUUGCAGUGAUUGUGAGAACGAUGACGAGCACAAUUACAACCAAAGUGGCUUAAGCUCAACAGAUGAAAGUGUGUGUAAAAAGAAGAAGAAGAAACAGAAACGGAAGAAAGAAAAGGGGGAGCAAUUUGAUCUGGUCCAAGAUCAAUCUGCAAAGGUGAAUUCAUUGCCAGCAGAAAGGAUGCAGGAGAUUCAAAAAGCCAUUGAGCUCUUCUCUGUAGGACAAGGGCCUGCUAAGACCAUGGAAGAAGCCACUAAACGCAGCUAUCAGUUCUGGGAUACACAGCCUGUGCCCAAGUUAGGUGAGGUAGUAAACACUCAUGGACCUGUUGAACCAGACAAGGAUAACAUCCGUCAGGAGCCUUAUACCUUGCCUCAGGGCUUUAUGUGGGAUGCCCUGGACUUGGGGGACCGAGGUGUGCUGAAGGAACUGUAUACUCUCCUGAAUGAAAACUACGUAGAAGAUGAUGACAACAUGUUUAGGUUUGAUUAUUCCCCUGAAUUUCUCCUGUGGGCUUUGCGUCCUCCGGGCUGGCUUCCCCAAUGGCAUUGCGGUGUCAGGGUGAUCUCAAGCAAGAAGUUAGUUGGCUUCAUUAGUGCUAUUCCAGCUGCUAUCCUCAUAUAUGAAACGGAAAAGAAAAUGGUAGAAAUAAACUUCCUUUGUGUGCACAAGAAACUGCGUUCCAAAAGGGUGGCACCUGUUCUGAUUCGGGAGAUCACCCGACGAGUCCACUUGGAAGGGAUUUUUCAGGCUGUAUAUACAGCUGGUGUAGUUCUACCAAAGCCUGUUGGGACAUGCAGGUAUUGGCAUCGGUCACUGAAUCCACGCAAGCUGAUUGAAGUCAAAUUUUCCCACCUCAGUAGGAACAUGACUAUGCAACGCACCAUGAAGCUUUAUCGGCUUCCCGAGACUACUAAGACACCGGGGUUACGGCAAAUGGAGCGCAAAGAUAUCCCUGCUGUGCACAAACUUCUGGCAGAAUAUUUGAAACAAUUCCAUUUGUCCCCUAUGAUGACUGAAGAAGAAGUGGAGCAUUGGUUUUUGCCCCAGCUCAACAUCAUUGACACAUUUGUUGUUGAGAACACUGAUGGGAAGGUGACAGAUUUCCUGAGUUUUUAUACACUGCCCUCCACCAUUAUGAACCAUCCUACACACAAGAGUUUGAAGGCAGCCUAUUCAUUCUACAACGUCCACACCAAAACACCUCUUAUUGACCUCAUGAAUGAUGCUCUCAUACUGGCCAAAUUGAAGGGUUUUGAUGUUUUUAAUGCACUGGAUCUUAUGGAAAACAAGACCUUCCUGGAAAAGCUGAAAUUUGGAAUUGGUGAUGGAAACUUGCAGUAUUACUUCUACAAUUGGAAAUGCCCCAGCAUGGGAGCAGAAAAGGUUGGCUUGGUGCUGCAAUAACAAAUUUUCUCCGAAGAAGGGCAGGCGGAAACUGAUGGCUGGGGCCAAUUGCCAGCAUGGAACUGCCGUCCUCAUGGUUCAGAGUUCCAUGGAAGUGACAGAGUCCUGGGGAGGAGCUGGUGCCCACUGCUAUGUGACCUGACAUUUCUGAUGAUUGUAUCAUGUGCCACUGAGCACACCAGUGUAUUUCUGCCAGCUCUUGGCCUUUCCCCUCCCACUUCUCCUCAUACAACAUGAUCAAGGGAAUGUAACUGCUGAGAACUAGCUCACAAUUUUACAAUUGGCAUAUAUUGGAGUUAACGGGUGAAUAAUAAUAAAAAUUAUAUUAUAUAUUCUAUAUUUUAACAAUGAUUGCUGUUCAUCUGAAGUGAAAAAUGGGGUGGUACCAUCAGGCAGCAUAGCUUUUUAAUCUUAGAAUUAUUGUUGAAAGAAAUAUUAAUUGCCUGGUGGUUUAUUAUGAUUUUAAAAAAAAAAGACCAAAAUUUUAGCUCUUUGGAUUUAUGUCAGAAGAGUACAGUGCAUUCCCUCUUCCCAAAAGAGGUGUAUUCCCUCUUUUUGUGAGGCAAAAAUGAUUCUGAGCUGCAGUAUGUAAUUGGCCUAGUUAAUGGAAGUUUUAAAGCUAGCUUUCAGUUUUUACAUAGCACUAUGGCCUUUUUAAUUCUAAUCCCUUGUUAAGACAACUUUCUUUUAAAAACCAAAGGGCUAUUUUAAUGAUGGAUGAUCUUUACUUCAUGGUGGAAUGGGGUAUGAAUCCCAGCUAUUGUUCCCUGGAUGUGCACUAAUAAAACUAUAGUAUAAUGUUUGAAUAACCAAAUGUAGAGUUUGUGGCUUUUGGUUUAUGGAAUCCAUUCUUGGUUUUGUUGGGGAAAUUCUCCAGUUUUUUCCAUGAAAUUGUUAUUGGGGGAUAUUUAAUAUCAUAAAUUGUAGCUAUUCUCUGUCAAUUCUGAUCUCCAUUUGUUUUCUAGCUAUAGUAUCUUAACACAUCGACUAUUCUAAACAUUAGUUCUUCGUCUUGCAAUCAAGUUAUAUUGUCUAGCUUUGAAAAGAACUGUUUAUGACCGUUUCCUGCAAUGAAAAUCGGCUGAUAAAAUCAGAAGCUCUGCUAGUGGAUUAAAUACAUAUAGCAAUUUUGCUAGUGUUCACAUAAAAACUUAGAACAGAAAAUACCAAACAAGCUAGAAUGAAAAUGGCAAACUAUAAUCAAAAUGUAUUCAAUAUAUUUUGUUGGAUGUAAUAACUUUGUUGGUGAGAUAAAUGUUAGUUAGGCUAUAUAGGCCAGUCCUUGACUUAAUAACCACAGUUGAGCACAACAUUCCCACUUGCAAGCUAAGCAAUUGUUAAAUGAGUUUAGUACACUGCACUAUAGUUCCUAGCAGUCCAGGCAGCAGGACCCAUGAGGAGGAGGGCCUUUCCAGUGCACUAUUUCAAACUAUCAUGCCACAAUAUGAUAUGACAACAAAAAGUGAAAAAAUCUUUCAAAAGAUGAUUCGUAUGAGACUAGGAAGGUUAGUAUUGUCUCAUCUCAUUUUGUCAGUGAAAGGCUUGGCUCAUGCUGUGUAAAUCAAGGUUAAUUUAUCUUGCACAGAUUAGUUUAUUGGCAUAAUGAUAUGUCUGUAAUUAUAGAUAUUUUAAUUUCAGGGAAAAUAGUGUAAUUAAGGUGCACGUAUCUAUAUGACUUUUAGUAAGCAUCAUCAAUGUGAUGAUUAGCGGAUAAAAUAUAGACAACACAGAUAGCACAAAAUUCCUAAUUCAAGAGUUUAUAUAUUGCCCUUUGUUUACUUUGGAGAAAAAAGGCAAUUUGGAAAUUUAAAACAAACCUUGUGGGAAAAUAUUAUAUUUUCCCAAAACACCUGAACAUUUCUUGUGUCAUUCCUUUCAAUUAAUGAAAGAGAUCUACACUUUUUUAAAAAUUCCUUCUAUUUGCAUAGUUUGCUUAAUUUUCAGUAACAGCAGUAUAAAUAAUAAAACUUCAAUAUGAUCUCUCUGCCUUUGCUACGUGUCCAAGUUGCCUUUUAUGGACAAUUCACUGAUAACUUUUUUGGGAUAUAAUUAUUCCCAUACAUUAUGUGGGAAACAUAGAAAACAAUGCUCUUGAAAGCUUCAGUUCUAAUAUCUGUUUAUGUUGCAGAUUUGCUUCUGAAUUCAGAUUCUGAACACACUUAGGAAGACCAAAUUCUGGUAUUUUUAUUUGGUUAUUGUAGUUUUAUUUUUAUUUCUGUUACAGUUCUGAAUGUGAACCGUGUCGAUGAUAACUUUUGAGUCCCGGGUCUCUUGUGCAUGUUGUGAUCCCUUUGUAGCAUUUGCUGAAUGUAAGAAAUGCUUAACAACCCUAUUUUUCCCUUCUGUGCUUCAUGAGGGAGAACUUGAGAACUUAAUUUUCAUCAAAGAUACCAAUUAUAGAAUCCCAUCUUAAGAAAUGGCACAUUUAAUGCAUAAGCAUUAAUUUAAAAAAUAGCUUGUAUCCUAAAAAUAGAAAUAAUAAUAAUAGCAAUGCAGUAGUUGUUAGGAUAGGGCAGAAAUACAGGGGCAGAUAUAAUGUGCUAGUUGAAAUUAGUGCAAGUACAAUCCCACUGUAUAAGUUCCUGUAUCAAUAGGAUGCACUUAAGACUUCUCUAAUAUGCUCAAGCAUGACUUGACAUAAAUACAUUGUCAAUCCAUUGGACAAGACAGCGGAUCAUUAUUUCUUAGCAUCACACUACCAACAUGCCUGAAAACUCUUCCACGUUCUACUGUUCACUUUUUCAGACCCUGUAUUUUAGACCUCCUUCCAUCCUGCAUCUACUGAAUAAUUAAGGAUAUAUCAAGUAUAUUUGAGUGAUUCAAUAAUUUCAUAUGCAGUGAUUUAGGAGAACAACAUUUUCAUAAUUUACUAUUUGCAUAACGUGGGUUGAUUCUUCUGCCUUUCAUAACUUGCAAUUAAAAGUGACUUGUGUAAAGAAUAGGGAGUCUAUUGAGAGUGGAUAAUUCUUAAUCCCGUGACAUGGUAAGAAGGUUGCCUUCAAAAUAAUGCUGUUUGAGAAACAACACACAAUAAAAUUUGAUUCAUUUUAUAUAAGGAAGCAGGUUUUCCUAAAGUAUACUGAUUAGCAGGAUUAUAUAAUUUAAUUGAUGAGCUAGCCUGCAAGAACAAGGAUAAUUGGGUUUGAGCAAACUUCUAAUUUAAUGUUAGACUUCCUUUCUAUCCAGGUAUAGAAUCUUAAGUGAUGUGUAGUUACUUUACUUAUAAUAAAAUACCACAGCCAUCUCAGAUUGAUAAAUCAUCUCUCCUAUUAAUACAUAGUUAUACAAUUAUGUUUCUAAAAGAAGACAUCAUGCCAGUUGGGGAAAAAUCAACUGUGGAAACAUUUUCCCCUUUAAGCUUCUCAAUUUGCUUCUCAAUUUCUGUAAGAAAAAUAUAACAGGCUUCAGCUAUACACCUUGAUCAAAGUGCUGCUGUUGUUCCCUUGGUAUAAAGUUUUCAGACAAUUUGAAUAAAUUUUAUGACCAGAAGAUGAAUUUUGACUUAGACAUUUGCACAUGGAAAUGUGAGUGGCUUUCUCCGUAAAAUAUAUUUCAGCUAUACUUGCCUUACAAAGUACUUAGCAUUUUUCAAAUACGUUUUGGCAAAUAGGAGAAAAGCUUUUAUUUGUGCACAACCCAAGGAAAUCUGAAUUUUAGGGAGGAAAACCAUAUGUAUGAUCUUAUCUGCUUUUCAAAAACAAAACAAAACUCUUGUGGCUAAACUUGUAUAUAGAAGCUAGAGCAACAUUAAAAAAAAUACAAAUUUAUCCCAAUCAGUAUUGCCCAAAUUUCACACACAUUAAAGGAACUGAUGCUUCAGAAUUCAUCAUAGCAAUUACAACUUUAUUCUUUUUCUUGUUCGGGUGUUCCAUGGAACUUAAAUAUUUCUCUGACUAAAUCCUUUUACUUAUUAAAUACAUUACAAACAAAAGUCUCAUUAAUACAUAGAUAAUUACAAAAAGACUCAUAGGGGUCCUUUUUUCAUUGGAAAAGAGGGGUAGGACAUGAACACAUGUCAGUAUUUCUGAGAAACUUCUGUGCAUAGAGAGGCCAGGUCUAGAUUUGUAAAUUGCAUUCAGUUUAAAUAGGCUCCAGCAAAAAUGUGCUAAAUUCAAAAGUGAACUUUAUCUA